GGUUGUGCCGACGAACGUGACCGCCGCGACGACGUUGGUGCCGACGACUGCGGCGCUCGCGGCGAUGCUGUGCUCAAAGUACCUGUCCGUGCUGGGCGUCCACUUCGGCGUGUCCUACACCGUCGGCAUGCUGGGCAACGCGGCGGCGCUUUACGUGCUCCGCAGGACCCGCGACGGCGGCCACCGCAAGUACGCGUUCAUGUUGCGGUGCCUGAUCGUUAACGACGCGGUCGCGCUCAACGGGCUGCUGGCCAUGUUCUUCGCGAACGCGUACCGGCCGGGCACGAAGGUGUCCACUGCGUGGACGUGCCGGUCCCGCGUCCUGUUGCGCUUCGUCUCGGUCGAGUCCGGUCCCGCGGUCACCUUCGUCAUGGCCGCCGAACGGUGGCUGGCCCUCACCAAGCCGUUCGUAUACCAAAAGUGCAUAAACCUUUGGUUUUUGAAAAAAACGAUGUUCGCGCUUUGGUUUGGCGUGUUGUGUCUGGCGUGCGCACCAUUUUUCGGGUUCGGCAUUUAUUGGGAUGAGGAUUCGUCGACGUGCGUGCGGUACCGACACGCUAAAAAAACUUUAGACGUGAUGUACGUUUACGUGUACUUUUCCGUCGGUUUAUUGCAGUGCUUGUCAACAUUAUACAUGAAUUUCAAAGUUAUGAGAUUAUUGAAUGUGAAAAACGUAAGUCGGGGAAAGUUAUUGACGUGCGCAGUGGCUACCAAGAGAGAAAAAUCGUUUAGCUGGCUUAUGUUGUUGUUGAGCGUCACGUUUCUCUUUUGUUGGAUCCCGCAUGUGGUGUUAAUACCGUUAAACAGGUUAAUUGACGACGACAAUAAGAUGCGUCCAUUCAAUAUUGUUAGUGACAUGCUGAUUGUGGUUCACAUUAUAUUAGACCCAUACUUGUACGUAUUGCAGCACUGGAAGUUGAUCAGGUCGGCUUUCCUACAACCACAUAGUGAUGAAAAUAUUAAAGGUAUUGCAGUUAUAUACCACAGUAGCUCUACGAAAAAGUUAUGUGAAGUAUCGUAGGUGAAGACAUAGUCGGUAUAUUAAUAUUUAUGAUACAUUAUAUUUGUCAUGGUGUAAUUAUAAAAUAUUGGUUUGGACUAGUGCUCGUCAUUACACGUAUAAUGAAUUACACGGGUACAUUUGUUCUUAUUUUAACGAGAUUAAGGUCCGUGUAUUCACGAUACACGUGCAUACUACCCGUGUACCCGACAUUACCCGUGCACCUGACAUUAUCCGUAUAUGAUGUCCGAUCAAAAUAUUCUCGAAUUAUCGUUCUUAAAAAUAGAAAAAUUACAGUAUCGUAAAUGUAAAUGUUAUUAAUUAGAUAAAUCGUUGUAUUUUCAAAUAAAUCAUAAAUGUUACGGAUAAUAAUUACACAACCAAUGGGUAUUAAAUACAUGAGUAUCGGUAAAAAAUAUCCAUGUAUUCCAAACACGAAUAUUAAUAUUGCUUUUUGAUAUUUGUCUCCGGGUCACUUGUACACGUGUAUUUAGGGACGGCUUCAGAGUCUUGGUUAGGGGGGGGGGGGGGUUAAGUUAUAAUUUUA